AUGAACGUUAUCGAACAGGUGGAAGUACGGUUGGAAAAUAUUGAACAUCUCAGAAGGGAACAUCUUACUCAACGAUGGUAUGAUGAUUUCGGACCAGUUGAACCAAACUCAAUAAUUACAACACCAGGGUAUAUGAGAUCAUCAUCAACGACAACAAUGGCGGUAACACCGUCAACAUUUCCAGAAUUACAAGCGUUUCACAACUUAUACCAUUCAACCGUGAGUGAAGUACAAGUCGAUAAUCAACCACACCCACAAAUAUUAGCAUCAUGUCCACAAAAUAUGACUGAGCUACAGCCAGUGAUGAUGUCUGAAGACAAACAUCGUAUUAAUUUGGAAUUAAAACGUCAACUGGAAUUACAACAAAUGCAAAACGAAUUCAGUAUGAAACAGGGCCAACUGGAAAAAUCUGAAAUGAACUUGCAAGCCAAACAAAUGGAAAUGGAACUGAAAAUGCAAACUACACAAAUGAAACUAGAACAUGAACUACACAUGGAAAGUAUGAAACAUGAACUCAAAUUGGAUCGGAUACAAAAUGAACUGAACUUGAAAUUACUCAUCCAAGCCAUCGUUUCAGCACAAUUAGUUCAUCAUUCAACAGUUGAUUCAAUGUUGGCCAAAGCAGUGCAGUAUCAAGUGAGUGAAGUUCAAUUAUUACCUUUGCUUAGCAGUCCGGAUGGUGAACUAGUGAAACUCCAAUCAAUUACAGUAGUUCCAUCGUAAGUCAACUUUAAUCAACCCAUGCCACACGAAGAACAAGUGACCUCAUCGUUUAUCCAAAAUGGUACACAAACAACUUGGAACUGGCAACAAAAAUAGAAAUCCAUCUGGAAACGUGUUAGUCAUUCACUCAAUUGGCUCAUGUUGGCUACGCUACUAUUGGCAUUAUGUGCUAGUAUUUCUCAACCAGCAACUGAUAUUGGAAUAUAUUCAAUAUGGACGGGUUUCGGUUUCGAACCGGCAAAAUUGUUCGAAAGAUGGAAGCGUAAAACGAAAUUGUCCAGUUGGCAGAAAACGAGUUAUUCAUCGAUUGAACUUGAACUUGAAAGUUUAUUUUAUGCCCAAGAAAACAUCUCGUAACAAAGGAAAGCACAAAAAAACUAAAGGUUUGUAAAAAGAAAAAUCAAUAACAAAAGCAGGUUUACUAUCCUAUGAUACUUCAUUAGUUAUUAUGUUUUGGCACUAUCAGAUGAUCAGAAGGUGGCAGCUUCUGGUCGAUC